AUGACAGUCUCACUUCCCCCAUCGUCCAAUUCGUCAAAGGACGCCCAGGCUGCCCGCAAGCGGAGGAGACGGGCCCCUGCCGGAGGAGCUGCGGAUGAUUGCUUCACCUGCAUCAAGAGAAAUACCAAGUGCGAUAGGAGGCGACCCUACUGCUCGCAAUGUCUCGAGUUUGGGAAUGAAUGCUCCGGCUACAAGACUCAACUGACCUGGGGAGUGGGUGUGGCGAGUCGAGGCAAACUGCGAGGACUUUCGCUGCCCAUAGCAAAGGCACCGCCUGUUGCGCCUGUUGGGAAGAAGGCAACGAGCCGGUCACGAGCAGCAAGCUCCGCAGCGACCACUCCCCGAUGGAGCGGCACGGAAGAGGGGCUACGCAAGGUUCACCGAGACGAUGGAAAUCAUACUGCCGCCGUCCCUACCACACCGUACGGAUCUUAUCAAGAAUACCCAAGAUUUUCUCACGGGGAAGCUCCAUCAACCUCCCAAGGGCCUUGGGGAGGCCUUCCAGCAUACGCCGGAAACAUGAGCUCUCACGACCAGCGCAGAUUCCAGAAGCUUGGUUCCUCAAUGAGCCAUUACCCUAUAAUGGGCGACUCGCUAUCAUCGUCCGUGGACUCUCUAAACGACGUCGAGUACGCUAUGGGACAUUCUUAUGCUAGAGAGGAAAUGCCUUUCGUUCACAGCCCUAGCAUCAUCUACGAGAACUACACGGCCCAAAAUUCGCCUAUGCCUCAAAGUCCCGCCUCUGCGAUUAUGAUCGACCAACGAGCCCCAACUUCGUGUCCUGGCUUAGUCUACGGUCCGUCGGAACCCGGUUCGAGCAUCGGCUCUCACCCGGACUCCUAUGGGCCCCAGAUGGCCCAUAGAUUGGUCGCGGAUAGCGACACUCUGAGCGUACCUGAGAUGGAGCCCUACGGUACCAGCCCGCAUUCCACGGACGGGUCUCACUGGGCAACUGCGAUUUCAAGAGAUGAUGAUGUGACGCCCUCCGCCUCGGCCAACUUAGCCUUUCCAUAUGAGAGCCAGCCGAUACAGAUUAGCCCUGAUCUCAUUGCUAAGAUGCCCUUCUUUAUGGACUACUACGAAAACAUAAUGUGCCCCUCCAUGGUUCUCGUAGAUGGCCCGAACAAUCCAUUCCGAGACCACAUCCUGCGACUGGCAGCGGGUAGCCGCAGCCUACAACAUGCCAUCUGUGCUCUGGCCGCCUGUAACCUGAGGAUGAAGAGAAGGCUAAGUCUUGGUCAACGUGCCAGAGCAGACAGCACCGGAUCUGAGCGACUUUCCGAAGCCCAGUCGGACCACCACUCCUUGAACGAAGAGCACCAACAUCGAAACCUAGCUGUUCAUCUCUUAAACGAACAGUUGAACGACCCCAUGAAAUCAUGCCACGACUCCGUCUUGGCUACUAUACUACUUCUCUGCCACUACCGCAUGGUCGAAUCCGGAGUCGCAAAGUUCCACACGCAGUUUGCCGGCGUCAAGAAGAUACUCAGCAUGCGAGGUUCAGCCCCUUACCAAGGGUCUAGCGAGUCCUCGUGGAUGGAGGCUAUUUUCACCUACUUCGACUCGAUUUCCGCCAGCAUCAACGACCGCGAGGCCCAACUCAACCAUUCCUUCUACGGUCUCCCCUCGGAUGCCAACUUACUACCCCCGGGAGCCGAGAACUUGGUUGGCUGCGACAGGGAGCUAUUCAAGACCAUUAGCAAACUCGGUCGCUUGAACCUCCUAUCGCAACAUCAUCAUCACGUCCAGAGCGUUCUAUCAACACCCAACGCUCACGUUGGAACACCAACGACUUCGCCUCCCCUAGGCUCCCCCAUGGGACAGCAAUUCAAGCAAACCAGCCCACCAAUUGGAGAUUUCUUCAGCAUAAAUCAUCAUCGCUACGACGGCAAUGGCUUCGUUUCGCAGCUUGACGACGAAGAGAUCCUGUCCACGGGGCUCUGCCCCUCACCGCAAUUCGACGAGCACCGCUCAAUUUUCUGGCGCGAAUGGAAAGAGGCUCGUAUAGCUCUCCAGAGCUGGGAAUUCGACACCCAGCGAGUCGCCGCAUCCCUCCCCAACUCGGCGACUCAGGCCCAAGUACGCGACCUGCACUCUCUCUCCGAGGCUUUCCGCUACGCGGCUCUCCUCUACACCGAGCGCCUAGCUUCCCCCAACCUCCCCUCCACCAACAACAACUUCCGCAACCUAGUCAGCCAGGUGGUGUACUACGCGACCUCGCUCGAGUCCGGCAGCAGCGCCGAGAAGUUCCUGCUGUGGCCGCUGUUCGUGGCCGGCAGCGAGUGCGUCAACGAGCUGCAGCAGAACAUCGUGCGCAACAAGUGCCGCGAGAUCAUGUCUCGCAGCGGCUACAUGAACAACCUCGCCGCCAUCGAGGUCCUCGAGCGCCUCUGGGCUGGCGAAUACUACGAACCCCCCAUGACCCCCGGGAGCAAGCUGGGCAUGAGGCGCGGCUGCUUCAACUGGACUAAGUGCAUCGGCGGUCCUGGGGUCGAAGUGGAAUGGAUCAUGUUUUAA